UAGGCCCGCUCUUUUUGUUGAGUUUUUUCUGUGCUGUGCGUAGGCGACUGUGCCACCAGCCGGCUUAUUCUCGUUCAGUCGAUCGAAGGCGUCACUGUGUCAUAGUUUAUGACUUCGUUUUCUUGCUCUUAGAGUCACGGGAUAUUAUGUAAAUUCUUCCGCUCAUUGAAGGAAAUUUAUACGUGUUUCGUGCUUGUUUAAGGACUUUGUUGUGAAGUUGGUUCAUUUGGGUGUGACAACUAUCACCAACCAAUCAGCGAUGGGCAUCUCGGAGCUGUCAUCUACCUCCCCCUCCCCCGCGCCGCACCCCCUCCCGCGCCCGGAGUCCCACGGCUCGGGGCUCGAUGAGGAGGACACUCCUCGGAGGAAGCAGCGCCGGUAUAGGACCACCUUCACCAGCUAUCAGCUUGAUGAACUGGAGAAGGCGUUUGGCAGGACGCAUUAUCCUGACGUGUUUACUAGAGAAGAGCUGGCUUUGAAAAUUGGACUAACUGAAGCGAGAAUCCAGGUGUGGUUCCAGAACCGGCGCGCGAAGUGGCGCAAGCAGGAGAAGGUGGGCCCACAGUCCCACCCCUACAGCGGGUACAUGGGGGGGCCCACCCCGCUGCCCAGCUCGGCCGCCAUCAGCGCCCCGCACCCCUUCACACAACUCGGCUUCGGACUGAGAAAGUCCUUCGAUGCCAACGCUCUAGCAUCUUUUCGGUACGCGACCUCGCCUCUCCUGGGAGCCCAGUACCUGCCAUCCUUAUCACGAGCUCCCUUCCUAGGGGCGCCUUUAUACGCUACAUCACCAGCUCACUUCCACUCGUUGUUCGCGAGCAUGGCGCCGCUGGCUGAAGUCCCCCGGCGCUCGCCCGAGGCCCGCUCCCCGGCGCCGUCGCUCUCCCCCCCCAUCUCCCCCGGCUGCGAGUCCCUCCCCCCCGCGGCAGACGACGCGAGGAACAGCAGCAUCGUGGCGCUGCGGCUGGCGGCGCGCGAGCACGAGCUGCGCAUGGAGCUGCUGCGGCAAAGAGCCGACCUCAUGUGCUGAAGAGUUAAAGCUAGUGUACUUGAAGGGUUAACCUCAUGUGCUGAACAUACCUAGUGCACUUGAAGGGUUAACGGGGAAUGAUUAGAGGGUUAUUCUUAGCUGACCAUUGCUAGUGCAGUUGAAGGGUUAAAACACGGGAACGAUUUAGACGUUAUGCGAAUGCGUAUGUGAAUAUAGUUUUAUGUGAAUAGGUUAAGCUAUUUAAAUUGUUGAGUUUUGUAAAUAAAAGUAGCUGUAGUUAUCGAGUAGGGUUACACGUUUUUGUAACAGUAUUAAACCGUACCUUUGUAAGUUCUAACUAGAAAUUAUAAUCCGUCCAUUUGUAACUAUUAAAAACGAAUAAAGGAAAUUAUAUUUUUAUUAUACUGUA